AUGCUGCGUCUAGCCCUGCUCCCUCUACUUACCGGAGUGGCCCUCGCCGCCACUGGCGAUGUCACCUUGACCAGCACGGGAUGUGCCGACUCUUCUGGAUUCGAGAAGUGUCAAAAGCAAGCAAACGACCAGCUCAGCUCCUGUAUCGCCCAGGCCAAGAAGGACAACAGCCAGCAAGAACUCUUGGCUUGCGGCUGUCAGAACUAUGUCGACAACUACAACUGCUAUUCUGCCUCCUGCUGGAACCGCGUCUGGGAGUGCGAGUACCAGGAAUACAUCAUUGACUACUUCAUCAACUGUCCCAUCGCCAAGCUGCCUGUGCCCUACUUCCCCGCGCCCAACAAGGCUCCCGAUGCGUGCUCUUGCAACGUGGGCAAGGUCUUCCUCGCAAUCCAGGACGCCAUCCAGGAGACGGCGACAUGCUCCAACAAUGCAAACUCGGGCGACGCCAGCAGCAAUCUGCAGCAGAUUCAGGGGUGCGACUGCUGCGAGAUUAGCGGUGCUCUCUCGAGUCUCUACAACAUCUGCCCCGAUACCGACCCCAAACUCAUCGGACUCUCAGACGUCUCUGAGCUUCAGUCGCAGCUCAACACCGACUUCAACUCGUGCGGUUCAUAUUUGGAUACGUACGACUGCGUAAAUGACUUGGGAUACUCACUUGAUGGAGUUACCAAAUACUACAAGCCGACGGACGUCGUCCCAGGCGGAACGGCGACGCUCAGCAAUGCUGCUGGAACCGUGACGUCUCCUGCUAGUGGCACCGUCUUUUCCUAUACCAACGGGGGCGAUGGAACCGUGUAUACGAUUACCGCUGCGGGCCAUGUGCAGGCUUCGGGCGACUCUGGCUCCCGGUCUGGAUCAGAUUCCGGGUCUGGAUCUGGCGGAUCGGACGGAUCGGAUGGCUCAGCCUCCAGCAGCUCACAGACUACGGGCUCCGGCGACGCAGCCACAACGAUAGCAAGCUCUCAAGGAAGAGCCAUGGUCGUGCCUCUCAUUGCUUGUUUCUAG